GCUGUUCGGUUCUAUCAGUUAUAUGUUUACAAGAGAAGAGAAGUGUCAGCUGAGUUGGUAAAGAGAGCCGAGAGAAAUGGAUUCAAGGCUAUUGUAUUGACAGUUGAUACUCCUAGAUUUGGUAGAACAGAGGCAGACAUAAAAAACAAGAUGAUUGCACCUAAACUGAAGAAUCUUGAAGGCCUUAUGCCGACUGAAAUUGACUUUGAUGAUGGCUCAAACCUAGCGGCUUAUGCCAAUCGGGAUAUGGAUGCUUCUCUGUGUUGGAAGGAUAUUGAGUGGUUAAGAUCAAUCACGAACUUGCCAAUCCUUGUCAAGGGAGUACUCACUCAUGAAGAUGCAAGAAAGGCUGUUGAAGCAGGCGUUGCUGGGGUUAUCGUCUCUAAUCACGGUGGCCGCCAGCUAGAUUUUUCUCCUGCCACUGUUUCAGUCUUAGAAGAGGUGGUUCAUGCUGUUGGAGGAAAAGUUCCUGUUCUGUUUGAUGGCGGAGUACGGCGAGGAACUGACAUCUUCAAGGCGUUAGCCCUCGGUGCCCAAGCUGUACUUGUUGGAAGGCCAGUUGUCUAUGGCCUAGCCGCAAUGGGGCAAAAUGGGGUACGAAGUGUAAUUGAAAUGCUGAAGAAUGAGCUUGAGCUUACCAUGGCCCUUUCUGGCUGUCCUACUCUUAAGGAUAUCACGAGGAGUCAUGUGAGGACGGUUAAUGAAAGUUUCCACUCAAAGCUUUAAUUUCUUUUCAAUGUGUAAGCAAUGCAUUACUGCUUAUGGAUCAUCUUCUGUACAUACAAUAAUAUGAUAUUUCAUUUGUCUGAAAAUAUUCAUGAAUACUCAGAUUUGGAAUGUCUCGUGUAAGAGCAUCCAGCCAUAAGCAUUUAUCUACCGCAUCUUAUUAUAUUCUACUGAACUCAACCCACCUUUUUGGUUUCCAAUGUAUACAAAA